UGAUUGGUUCGCGGAGUCGCCGGGCCCGCCGUAAAAAGUCUCGGCGCGCGUGUCCCGCUCCGAACUCGCCGUCGCCAUCUUCGCAGGUGUGACACGCGUGCCGAUAUUCCCGCUUCUCCCGCUUCUCCCGCUUCUCCCGCUUCUCCCGCUUCUCCCGCUUCUCCCGCUUCUCCCGCUUCUCCCGCUUCUCCCGCUUCUCCCGCUUCUCCCGCUUCUCCCGCUUUCUGUCGUCAUGGCGGCUCGCCCGUUUGCUGUCGUUCCGCGCUGCGUCGCGGCCCUCGCCGUCGUCGUCGUCGCCGCCGCCGUCGUCGUCGUCGUCCUGGCGCCGGUGCCGCCUUGGCCGGUGACCUGCGCCGACGGCGGCGCGGCGGAGGCGGCGAUCCUCGGCGUCCGCCACAUCAACGAGCAUCACAAGCACGGCUUCAAGUUCCGGUUGCAGGAGAUCGUCAGCAGCGAUUACCGACAGGUCCCCGGAGGUUGCGACGUGGUCUUGAGCGUGAAGCUGGUGCAGACCGAUUGUCACGUCACCAACCCCAAAGCGCACGACCGAUGCGACGUCUUUCGACAGGACGAACGGGGCGCAGGGGCCACCUGUACCGUCGAGCUUUCGGUCACAUCCGGUGUGGCCGCAGUCACCAGACACCAAUGCGCCACCAGACCAGAUCCGAGCAACGAGGAGAUGUCUUGGAUUUGUCCCAGCUGCCCCGGGUUGUUGCCUCUGGACGACCCGACUGGCGCCGUGGCGGCGCAGGAGGCGGUGAUCAAGUUCAACCGGGAGAGCAAACGCCGGCAUUACUUCACCCUGCUGGAAAUGGCUCACUUGACAAUCGAGUACAUCCCGUCUAGCGGCACGAUGACCUUGCUGAAGCUCGCCCUGGUGGAGACCACGUGCCCCAGAGAGGCCACGCACACGUUUGCGCCCUGCACGCCUCUCUGUCCGGACCGAGCCAAUCACUUCUUUUGCUCCACCUCCUAUUACAACUUGCAAGAAGUAUUGGGAGAACUUGUCUGUGAAUUAUAUCUGCCAAAAAAUUCCACCCGCCUGCCGGCCGGUGAGCCGGAGCCCUCGUGCGGGCCUCUGUUCCACCGAAGUCCGGAGGCUUCCGCGUGCAAGGCGCAGCUGAGCGACCCCGACCCGUCCGUCCACCACAUUUGUCCCUUCCCGCUUAAGUGAUGGAAACUUGAUUAAAAAGUUCAAAGUUC